GGCCUGGUCCAGCAAGGAGAGAGUCUCCGGGAGUGCAGAGUGCCCCGCUCCUCGUGCCGUCUGCAGGGAAGGGAGCCGGGGGCAGCAGGAUGGCCUCGGAAGGGGAGAGCAUCAACCUGCAAGGCAUGAAUCCUCAUCUGCGAACCAAUGGGCCAAUGAACAUCAACCACUACGCAACAAAGAAGAGCGUGGCAGAGAGUAUGCUGGAUGUGGCACUGUUCAUGGCAAAUGUCACACAGCUCAAAGCCGUGCUGGAGCAGGGGACUUCCUUCCAGUACUACACCACCCUCAUUGUGCUCAUCAGCAUCUCCCUCUUCUUCCAAGUGGUGAUUGGGAUCCUUCUCAUCAUCACUGCUCGUUUGAACCUGAACGAUGUGGCAAAACAACCCCGCCUGAAUAUACUCAACAAUGCUGCAACAGCUCUCAUUUUCAUCACAGUCAUCAUCAAUAUCUUCAUCACAGCCUUUGGGGUGCAGAAGACAGGCCUCUACCCUACCAGGAAUUUUCGACCUUAUUAAGUUAAGGGGAAGCAGAGCCAGGAUCUGAACAGCACAACCAGUGGGCAAAGCUCUCCUCAAUGUUUUGAGCGAUCUCAGCAGGAUCCCAGCAAAGAAUCCAGAGAACCAAGUUAAACUAUCAAAAUCGUACGUGUUGUGGCAUCCCUGCCCCUUAACUAUAAUGCCUGUGCAGUUCUGCAGGGGUGAAGAUUUCCAUUGCUUUUCAAAGCUAGAGCAAACUUCGCAGCGAUCUCUAGAGAAAGCUGCAGAAACAGCAGCAGGUACAUAAUUUCAAGGCACAGUUCUCUAAGCCUCAUCUCUUACUGUAGCUGCCUGCUUCACACAGUCAAUAUUGGCUCAUUUUGUAGAGAAGAGCGAACAAUGUACUUGGUAGGACAAAAAUAUAAAAUAUAUAAAAUAUCCAGCUUUUUUGGUCUUAAGCAUGAUUUGCUAUAUCUAUAAUAUAGAUAGCAGUGCUGACUAGUAGUUUACCUUCCAAAUGGAGGAAUGGCUCUCUCAAACCAAAAGAGGUUAUCCUGGGACAAUAGGAAAGUACACGUGUCAACAUAGCUAAAGAGAGAAAAUAUUUUCCUAAUUGUUUAAAAAUAAAAUGAAAUAAGAAACAGUUAUGAAAACAAUCAUAUAUUUCCAGUAUUGGAAAGUUCACAAUGACAGAAAAUAGAUAUUAUGUUCUGAUGUCAUCAGCAUGGGUGUAUCAGGACUGCUGCCCGAGCAGCCUAACAAAAGGUAGGAGAGAAACAUCACACAUGAGACACUCUAGGGCUAAUUGCCACGAUGAGACACGACAGAUGUGUAGGGUAUUACUUUAUUUAUAAGUUACCAUUUUAAUUUAAGGUGUUAUCGCUAACGUCAAUGUUUUAAAUGUGUAAUCUCCACAUUGACAACGCUGGGAACUCUUUUCUUAAAGAAAGAUCUUUCCAGUACAAGCCUCUGAAUUGAAGAUUUUUCAGAUUUUCUUUAAGUAGUAAACAUUUCGGAUCCCAGAUUUUAUAAGUCCGCAGUCACAGUAAUUGAGAUUUUAACAGCCUGGUGUAAGCCUACUUAAAUAACAAAAUGCUUUUCUGAUUAUUAAAUGUUUUUUUCAUUCUAUA